CCGCUCAAAGUGGUGACAGAUAUGAAGCGCAUGGACACAAGAGAGAAUUGCACCGUAGUCUGUGUGUGCAGGUUUCACUUGAGUUGCAUAAGUUUCACUUGAGAACUGUUAAGCAACUGCCGUCCCUGAAGCUGUUUAGCGACCAGCGAAGAAAGCACUUAACAAGAGAUGCUCCAUUAACAACGAAACUGAAGACAUGCCCAGUUCGGAAAAGAGACGAGCGCGUUUUCCAGCACAGACUGUACAGAGCCAAACAAGCGGCGAAACUCCCUAAAAGUAAAACGAUAGCGAAGCUUGCGUGUUCGAUUGUGACUGAAAUCCGAGUCUCAGCCACAGUGCGCGGAGAGAAUUUUCGUUUUUCCUCUCUGCUCUGAAGCUGACGGUCAAGAACGUGCUGAUCCACACACAUGCAGGUGAACAGAAAGGGAUUUCUGCCACGAAAAAACUCGAGAAGCGAACCUCGUCGCGAGGUUAUCUGCCGCCGAAGCAGCGCGCGCGCGAGAGAGAGCACACUCGAGCACUCGAGCUCGGGAGAGAACACCCGGAAGAGCAUGUUGUCGAGAAGUGAUCGCAUGCGCGCCCGUUUUGCGUUUUCGUCACUUGCUUCUUUUAUCUUUGUCCUUCCAGACCCAUCUUGCUCUGAAUUUUCGCUUUCUCUGCAUGCUCCUCUGAGGUCGAGAAAGCUCUUACUUGUUGAGGUGUCUGUACACCCCAGCUUCUCCGUUUCCGGCUCUCGCCUUCUUUUCCUGUUCUCGUGCUGCCGUCCGAGGGAGAGUCCACACGCAUCUCUGUGAGUUCUCUCCCGCGGUUUUCCCAUUUGGAUUUCCCGCUCUCUUCUGCUCCAAUUUCCUUCCUCUUCUCUGUCAGAGAACGGAGACUGCAGAUAGUGCAGGUGCCAUGAAAGACAGAGAAGAGAGCUCGACUUGCGCUGAAUGAGCAGCGAAUUCGAGAGGCUGUGUCUUCCUCCACUUUUUAAACGAGCUUUUGAUGCUUACGUCAAAUCACCCGGAACUCGCUGCGGACAUCCCUUCCCCGCCGAAAUUCUCCUCGCAAGCUGAAUGCUCCGGCACACUUCCUCUCCCUCGCCAUCCCCCCUCCUACUCUGACCGUGAAACUUCAAGUUUCGCUGACACCCGUCAACACCGCAAGGGUGCUCGUGGUCUCUAAAGGAGCUCUCUCUGCUGCGCAAUGGGCGCUCAAGCUGCUCUUUUCAAAGGCUCUCUGUAGAUGUAUAUCAAAAUAUUGGCAGACAGAGCAACUCGAUUUUGUGGUGAAGUGUGUCAGGUAUCUCCCUCACUGUUUGUGUACCGUGUCUGUACGCGAAUUGAUUUGCGUUUCUGGACACGAUGGACUUCGCCUGAAACGGAACCGCUUAGCUUUACAGAUCCCCCUUUUUUCGUCUGCAAGAAUGGCGACACUGGAAGACAUUGACGCCUUCUUCGAUGCCCUCGUCGACGGCGGAGAAGAGCAGUCUUCAGCAGACGCUGCGGCAUCCCCAGAAAGCAAAUCAAAGACCGAGGGAGAUGCAGCGGACUCCGUGGAAAGCGCUCUGGAAGCAACCGUGCGUGAGUCCUCAAAAGACCCCGAUGGCAACUUUGUCGCUCAAGAGGCGCCAAAUAGAAGGGAAACUCCGGUUCUCACCAACGACCUCUCUUUCUGCGCUGAGGAGGGAACUGCGGGGGUGCACCCAAGCUCGCGGUUGGGUUUACAUACAGCCGGAAGCGAGGACGCGGCGCGUCUCAACGCGGCGCAGACAGAUGAGCAGCUUGUCUGUCCUCCAGUCCCGACCUCCUUGUCCGCUCCUGCUUCUUCUGGGGGGUCGACGGCGUCGGUUGGGGUGUAUGUACACGGAGUUAAUACGGUGCGCCACCAAGAAACAGGCGUCCAGCCCGUGGUGUCUCUCCUUCCAACUUUGGCUGGUUCUGCCUCGAGAGGCGAAGGUGACGCCUCCCUUGGGGCUCCAAGCCUUCCCGCCAAGCGCGCCACAGACAAAGAACAGCCCAGGAGCCCAACUAGCGGUCGCGGCGGCACCACGGCGCUGGUGCCGGCUCCGCCGGUUUGCCCCGCUUCCGCCGCAGAGCCUGGGAAGCCAAGCGAGGCACCUAGUCACCACACACCAACUGGACCUUUUCUUUCCUCUGCUCCGUCUCUUUCCUCAUCUUCUCUGGCUUCUUCGUCGCAUCUGACUUCGUCUCCUUCUCUUCCUUCUCCCGCACAUCUGCCUGCUCUCUGCUCGUCCACACACCCUUCUUCUCUCUCUUCUUCUCCACAGUCUUCUUCUCUCUCAUCGGCUGUGCACCCACAGGGGGUUCCGGGUGUCUCUGCAGUUGCGGCACCGAGUUUCAGGUCUUCGCAGCCGCAGGCGCCUGGGCCACAGCACCCCGCGAGUGUCUCUGCCUCUUUGGAACUUCCGUCUGUUCCCCACUCGGCGACUCCGUCUCCACCCUUCCCUCUGCAUGACCGGGCCUUUCCGGGCAUCAGCGGCGCGCCUCAGUUUCUUCUUCAGAACUCAACUGCAUGCGCGAAGGACAUCCCCCGCAUGUCUGCGUCGCCUCCGGAGUACUUUGUCGACCCGCCGCUGCACUCGGCUUCUGGAGAUUCAGUGCAGGAGGAAAUGGCAUUCUGCGCGGAGACAGUGUCCAGGUUGAUCGAAGCGAAGCUUCUGGAGAACGACCAGAUGCUCUUCGCGGUCCAUGAGAACCUCGCGAGUGGACGGUACGACGAGGCUGUGUGUUUCUUCGAGAGGCUUCAGCAGAACCUGUUCUUUCUCGCAAUGCUGGCAGACCAGCAACCGGCUCCAAGUCGGCAAGCUGCGUUUGCGAAAGACACGGCGGAGGAGGUCUCUCAGGUUGAACAGAGAUUUCGAAGCAAUACCGACUUCUGGUCACACGAAGAACUGCAGCGUCUCCACCACGCUCUGAGGACGCCGAACUUAGAUCUCCGGCAACUCUCGGCUGCGGUGUGCACAAAGACGCCUCAGCAGAUUUUCGUGUACCUCACCAAGGUGGUGGAUCGCCAUGUGAAAGCGCCUCCACAUCCACCGAAGCCUGCGCCGAAGAAGGAAAACGAGGAGGCCUCUGCGCCGCCCAGGAGCGGACCUGUCCAUACACCGGGAGCAGCCUUAGAGACGACUGGCGCGCCGCCCCAAUCUGGAAGGCCACCGGCAAGCGGACUUGCGCCUUUGCAGGCCUGUGCCGCUGUCCCCUCGACAGCAACUCCACCCACCGCUGCUUUGAAUUCGUCUGCUGCUCCUUCCGGGUCUUGCCCAGUUCCAAGGAUGCCACCAGCGUCAGCUGUGCGACCUCCCGGCGGACCCGGGCAACUGAGUUCAGAGACACCCCCGGAGCAACCUUGCCCUGUCGCAUUUUUGCCUGGGUUUGCAGACCACAGCAAAGCAUCUUCGUCUCGAGUAGAUCCUGCCUUUCAGGCGCCCCAGGCGUUCUCUCACGGCCCGCCUUCGGGUGUACGUACACCCGGGGAGGGGGGUGAUGCACUAAGUGCACUCAAGCCGUUGGCCGCCCAGAAGACCGCAGACACGCAGUUCAGCGCCAGUGCGGCUUAUCCCUCCUCAGCUGCGCUGGCACCGCCCGUGCCUCCUCACUCUUCUGGCGCUCUUCUUUCCCUCGAGAAUGCUUCGCUGCUUUCUACGCUGCCCUUGUCUCACGCCUCGCUUCCUCCGGCAUCGCUUCCUGGGGUCUUGGGAGGUGUGCCUCAGCCGUCUCCCCAGACUGCACAGGGUCACGCGCCGCCCUUGGGAGUUUUGACUGAACAGCCUGCGCAGGCUGGCGGUCUCUCUCAACGUCUCGGCCAGACGCACGGAAACUUCAUCCCCUUCACGCAUGCAUCCUUCAGCGGCGCUGCGGUGUCAGGGCCUUAUCAAAGCCGAUAGCUCGAGCAAGCAAGUGGAAAAUCUCCUGGGUCACGAAAGGAGACACCCGGGACGGAGAACGAGACAGCAGGAAGGAAAGGGGGAUCACGAAGAACUGGGGGAGAGAGUGGAGGAAAAAAAAGAACGAGUGCGGCGGCAGUUACGCGGAGACACGGAAGAGAGGAAGGCCGUUCCAGAGAAGGCGCAUGAAACGAUGAAGCAGAGACACGGCGAAAGCGGCGACAAGAGACAGAGAGGAGACAAGUCGGGGAGCCUGAGAGACGUGAACUAGUUUGUGCAUGGGCGAUGAUGGGCGAUGGCGGUCGGCACCACGAAGGGCCUUGCCGAGACAAAGAGAGACGCACACACGGGGAGGGCUUGUUCGGCCGAAAUUGUGAAGUGUCUGUACAGUCUGCACACCACAAGUUGUUGUAGUUCUUGGCCCAUUUGUCUUUGCUCCCGAAACCUCAACGUAAAAGAACUGGGAGCGCGUGCUGGUCGACGGAACACUGAUAUUUCCUGCGAAGACGCCUUACCUUCGUGCUUGGCCAAAAGAGGCUUGGCUGUUCCUCCUCGAUCUUCAGCUGCUCUAACAGGCGACGCUUACAACUACUCAGCGUUGGACCACGAAUUUCAUAACGUUUGCAAACGAAAGAGACUGCUUAUCGAAUCUAGGAAAACGAGCCGGAUGCUGAGAUGACCUGCACUCGGCUCCUUACAAUUCGCGUGCUUAACUUCGGGCUCCACCGAGGCGUUGAAACUAGAUGUACAACUCCUGUUCCUGGCAAAAAGAAAACUUUCUAGAUCUUCAGAGCAAAAACUUGCUUUUAUGAGAUCCCUGUUUUCGCGUGAAGACAAGGAUACUCGUGCCGCCAAUUGCACCUGCAGCCUAUUGACCGCCCAGCUGCAUAAAACGGCUCCUCA